AUGGUUAAUUUCUCUUGGGAACACUGGGAGAGGAAUAUAUUUCAACAGUUAAUUUUUUUUAUUUACAUUUGCAAAAUAGUGAACAACACGUGUUUACUCGAGUCUGGAUGUAAAGUACGGCAGCAGGGCACCUGCUCCGGGACCUCCACCGAAAAUUAUUGUUCUCCAACAUCAUCAACUUAUUUCCCGACAUCACCAUCAUACUCAUCAACAUUACUAAGUUAUUUGCCAACAUUGCAAACAUUUUCACCAAGCUACAACCCAUCUAGCCCUGUUUACAGCCCAUAUAGUCCUCGUUACAUUCCAUCUACUUUUGGUUACAAACCAUUUAACUCUAAUUACAGUCCAUCUAGUUCUGGCUCUAAAUCAUUUAAUCCUGGUUACAAUCCAUUCAGCCCUGGUUACAGUCCAUCUAAAUUUGGUUACAAUCCAUCUAGCCCACGUUACAUUUCACCUUGCUUAAGUUACAGCUUAUCUAAUUCUGGUUACAAAACACCCAGUUCUGUUUACAAUCCAUCAAAUCCUAGUUACAAUCCGUCUAGUCCUGGUUACAGCUCAUCCAGCCCUGAUUACAGUUCAUCUAAAUUUGGUUACAAUCAAUCGAGCCCUCGUUACAGGCUAUCUAACUCUAGUUACAGCUCAUCUAAUCUUGGUUACAAACCAACCAGUAAUGGUGACAAUCCAUCAAAUCCUAAUUACAAUCUAUUAAGUCCGGGUUACAGACCAUCUAGCCCCCGUUACAGUCUCUCUAGCUCAGGUUACAAACCACCUAGUCUUGGUUGA